AUGACAAAGAUUGCUAAAUUUGACUUUAGAAAAAUAGAUAAUAUUGACGUAUUCUAUGAUCAACUUGCAGAAAAAACAACAGUUCCCAGUUAUUUUGGUAGAAACUUGGACGCUCUUGUCGAUAUUUUAAGAGAUUGUGCUGAUGCUCCUCUAGAGAUUAUAUUCACACAUAUGAAUCAAGAUAAACAGAAUCAAUUCGGUCGUCUUAUAAACGUUUUGAAAGAUGUUGCUGAAGAGUUAGACCCAGGUCAACUUACAUUUAAGAUUGCUUCAUAA